AUGUCAGCCGCUACCGAUAAGGCACGCUUCUUUCUGGAGAAGUCGGUCCCUGAGCUCAAGGAGUUUGAGCGGAAGAAAAUCUUCUCCAAGGAGGAAAUUACAGCCAUCAUCAAGAAACGGUCCGAUUUUGAGCACAAGCUGAAUGCACGUGGCGCCCUGCCUGUUGACUUCGUCCGAUAUGCGCAAUACGAGAUGAACCUAGACACCCUGCGCCGGAAGAGGGUGAAGCGGUUGGGAAUCAGAUCGGCAGGAUACACUGGGCAAAGGCGCAUCUUCUUCAUCCUUGACCGCGCAACUCGCAAGUUUCAUGGUGAUGUGGGCUUGUGGGUGCAGUACCUCGAAUACGCGAAACAACAGAAAGCCUACAAAAAGGUCUCGACCAUCCUUACGGACGCCUUGCGGUUACAUCCCGCCAACGUCGACUUGUGGCUAUAUGCUGCGCAGUACUCUGUGGAUGAGCAUGCGGAUAUGACACAAUCUAGGGGUUACAUGCAGCGCGGUUUGCGCUUCUGCAAAAGCUCCAAGAAGCUGUGGCUCCACUAUGCCAAACUGGAAUUGAUAUAUAUCGCCAAGCUGGUUGCUCGACAGCGGAUCUUGGGUCUCGAUAAGCCGAUCGAAGCCCCGAAGCCAGCGCAGGAGGACGAUUUAGAUGCCGACAUGAUUGCUAUGCCCAAGAUCACUGGAGAAGAUAUCAACCCCGGCGCUGGAGAGGAUGGCGGUGUGGAUCAAGUGGCUUUGGACAACCUUGCCAACACCCCAGCCCUGAGUGGUGCUAUCCCUCUCGCCAUCUUCGAUACGGCCAUGAAGAACUUCGAAAAUGACGACCGUUUCGGUCAUGAGUUCUACGAUAUGGCGGUCGAGUUCGACGACCUGCCCUGUCUGCACAAAAUUCUCGGCCAUGUGGUCGACGUGAUGCAGCAGACCAAGCCAAACAGUCCUCAUACGCAAAUUUGCUACAUCAAAUUCCCCACCGCUGGACUCCGGGUUACUUCACCCGAAUUCCCACGUGCGUUUAGUGCGUCAUUUGCCCGUCUCAAGGAGUACCGGAAUAACCCCAACGUCGCCAAGGAGAUCGUCAGCUGGCUACAGCCCCUUGAGAAGACAGAAGGCGUGGAUGCCUCCCUCCAAAAGGCGAUUUCGGCCACUAUCCGUAAUGCGGAACGCACUGUACAGGAAGCAUAG